GCAACCAUUAGCGAACCUCUUCCACACGUCAAACAGAACAAGCACGCAAUUGACAAGACAACACGUGCUCACGGAAACUAACGGAGAGUUGUUUUUAUUUGUCGACUCAAAACGAAUGAUCACCCUUUUUUUUUUAAUGUUGACCUGAAAAAUAUGAAUUGACAAUUGUUGUAAAGAGGAAGAAAACCUCUUGAAGCUGUCAUUGUCCACUCUGGCUUUCGUUCUCACUACUUCAACAUAUUCUCACAUCUUCGUUCACUCUCUCUCUUCGCAUAUGCAUUACUAUAUAAUUACAUGAAAUCGGCCAAAAAGAAUGUUUUACUUUUAAAGAAUCACCAAUAUGUAUCAUGUUUGAAAGACCCUGGAGAGAUAUUCUACAAACGUAUAACCCUGCUUCUAUAAAACGUUGCUGAAUUACUGUGGAAUAUUUCAUCUGAGAGAAGAACCAUUUCUUUACCUCUGUGUCUUAGAUAAUUUUCUCGUCUAAAUAUACUAUAUUGACGUGUAAAACUUGAAGGAUUGAUUUUAUUUUUCUUGGAGAGAUGUCAGAAGAACUAGGAAAAUCCUCAUAUGACUGUGACAUCUGCAAAGACUCAUUCUUAGAAGAAAGUAAAUUCAAUCAACACAAACAAAUUCAUACAGGGGAGAAACCAUAUCACUGUGAUAUCUGUGGUAAAUCAUUCAGUCGAAAAGGUAGCUUAGCUACUCACAAACAGCUUCAUACAGGGAAGAAACCAUAUAGCUGUGAUAUCUGUGGUAAAUCAUUCUCUAAUGACGGUCACUUAACUCAACACAAACGUAUUCAUACAGGAGAAAGACCUUAUCCCUGUGAUAUCUGUGGUAAAUCAUUCUCUGAUGGCAGUAACUUCAUUCGACACAAACGUAUUCAUACGGGGGAGAAACCUUAUAACUGUAGUAUCUGUGGUAAUUCAUUCUCUAGUGACAGUCAUUUAACUCGACACAUACGUAUUCAUACAGGAGAGAAACCUUAUCCCUGCGAUAUCUGUGGUGAAUCAUUCUCUGUUGGCAGUAGCUUAAAUCGACACAAACGUAUCCAUACAGGGGAGAAACCAUAUCACUGUGAUUUAUGUGGUAAAUCUUUCUCUGAAAAUGGUAGCUUAACUCAACACAAACGUAUUCAUACGGGGGAGAAACCAUAUCACUGUAAAGCUGCAAAAUCAUCAUAUCACUGUGAUAUCUGUGGCAAAUCAUUCUCUAGUAACGCUAGAUUAACUAGACACAAAUGUAUUCAUACAGGAGAGAGACCAUAUCAAUGUGAUAUCUGUGGUAAAUCAUUCAUUGAGGGCAGUAACUUAACUAGACACAAACGUAUUCAUACAGGUGAGGAACCAUAUCACUGUGAUAUGUGUGGUAAAUCAUUCUCUGCUCGCAGUAACUUAACUACACACAAGCGUGUUCAUACGGGGGAGAAACCAUAUCAUUGUAAUAUCUGUGGUAAAUCUUUCUCUGUUGGCAGUAGCUUAAAUACACACAGGCGUAUUCAUACAGGGGAGAAACCAUGUACCUGCAAUAUCUGCGGGAAAUCUUUUUCUGAUGGCAGUAGCUUAUAUAAACACAGAUGCAUUCAUACUGGGGAGAAACCAUUUCACUGUGAUAUCUGUGGUAAAUCAUUCUCUGCAGGCAGUAGAUUAACUACACACAAACUAACUCAUACAGGGGAGAAACCAAAUCACUGUGAUAUCUGUGGUAAAUCAUUCUCUACUGGUAGUAACUUAACUACACACAGACGUAUUCAUACAGGGAAGAAACCAUAUCACUGUGAUAUCUGUGGCAAAUCAUUUAGUCACACAGGUAACUUAGGUACACACAAACGUAUUCAUACAGGUGAGCAGCCAUAUCACUGUGAUAUCUGUGGUAAAUCAUUCAGUCAGAUAGGCAACUUAACUAGACACAAACGUACUCAUACAGGUGAGCAGCCAUAUCACUGUGAUAUCUGUGGUAAAUCAUUCUCUGAAAAGCGUAUUGUAACUAUACACAAACGUAUUCAUACUGGAGUAAAACCAUAUCAUUGUGAUAUCUGCAGUAAAUUAUUCUCACAAAAACAUCACUUAAUUAAACACAAGUGCAUUCGUUAUGCAAAGGAUCCAUAACAUAGUGACAUUUGUUGUAUAACAUUCCUUCAGGAAAACCUCUACACAUGAUUGAAACUAUAUGAAUGUGAUAUCUAUAGGAAAUCUUUCAUCUCAGAUCAUCCAUUAACUAAUCAAAAGAGCAUUGUCUGAGGAAGGAAAACACAUGAAUGAUAUUAAACCUUAAUCAUUCUUUCAAAAUGGUGAAUUAAUUCUACAGUCAUAUUAAUAUGAAUGAUAUAACUAUGCCUCAAGAUAUUUGUGCUGAAUCAAUCUAUGAAAAUGAUAAAUUAUUAAAACAGAAAUGCAUUGAUACAGAAGAGGAACCAUAUCACUACGAUAAUGAUGAUGAUCCUCAUCAUUUAAAAUUCACUUUUCCAUUCUUCUGUGGAUCAGAUGGAAUUCAUUGAUGGGGAUUUUCUUCAGUCGGAUGCCUUUCCUGUCACCCAUCCUCAACUGUUUCCAAGGAAGGAAAUAUUUUCCAUGGUGAGACAUAUUUUACACAGAAGACUGGAAAUGAAGAAUCGCAUCUGUAUGACGGUCAUUAUGGCCAUUUACAAGCAUCACGUGAUAUCUGGACAAAAGUACACAUACAUAUGUAUGUCUGGAGAAUUUCUUAAAGGAAAUAUUUUACAUUUCUUAUCUACAUUUAAAUGUUUGUAAUUUCUAUUAGGAAAUGACACGCAUGGAAUUCUGAAUAAAUAAUAUCAAACUUUUCUCACUUUC